GUUCGCCAUGCAGUACCGGACGGUGGUUAUGUAUGUGGAAAUUGGGUGUUUUGUGAGCUGUUUGUGCGGUUGGAUACUGGUCAGCUCCACUCUCCCGACAGAGUACUGGAAUUUCUCUGAAGUGGGAAGCAUCGUCCUGACCACAGCCAACUACUACUCAAACCUGUGGAGGGACUGUGUGUCUGAUACCACCGGGGUCUCGGACUGCAAGGAUUACCCCUCCAUGUUGGCUCUGCCUGCGUACUUACACGCACUCCGAGCCCUGGCCGUGUGCGCGGUCAUUACAGGGUUCUUCGGGGGCGUUCUCACUCUCAUUGGGAUGAAAUGCACUAAAAUAGGAGGGUCAGAGGUCAUUAACGCGAGAGUCACCUUUGCUGGAGCGCUCACCUACUUAGCAUCAGGAUUCUGUGGGAUGAUAACUUAUUCCUGGUGGGCUCAUAGAGUUAUUAGCGAGUUUGUGGAUCCAAAUUUCAGGGCACAAAAAUUUGAGCUCGGCGCUGCUGUUUUCGUGGGAUGGGGCGGCUCCAUUUUGCUCAUCUGUGGAGGAGCAGUGCAAGGAUACUUCUCUGCAAAAGAAGGCCUGCCAUCAAACUCCACAGACCGGCGCAGAUACUACGGGAUGAACACGACCAACCGCAGCAGACGCACGUACAUGGCCCCGGCCUCCAGAGUCACCCUGGUCCCACCUCUGUUCUACGAAGGGAGAAAGAGCCGAGCCACGAGAGGAACCAGAUCUGCAAAAACCAUCGUGACAUACAACAGGGAUACUUUUGUCUGAGUUUUAGUUUGACACCAAAAAAGUGAAUUGUACAAAAAUAUAUAAACAAGCAUAAUGACUCUGAGGAACUCUUUGAAAAUGUUUUAUUGUUUUGUAUAAAUACUUUCUAUACAAAAAUUACAAUUAUUUUUUUGUUCAAAUCUUAUAAAAUAUGUUGUACAAAACACGUAAUGUAAUAAUAAAUGUGUGUU